AUGCUCGAUCUUAUUCCUGCAAGCACUUGCAUCCCACAGAGCAGCAUGAAGUCGUGUGCAAGGACUAACCCUUCUGGCUGGGAAUAUAAACCCACUCUCAAGCAGAAUCGUCUUAGGUCUUCUCUGUUUAUUACUCUACUUGUCACUUUGGUGGAGUUCAUUAUAUUCGUUGUUCAAAGCAGCAAGAUGCUGAUAAGUACGGUGUCGGUGGGAUAUGAAUAUGAAACAUGUCCUGACUUUAUUCUGUGGGAGAAGAGAACAGUAAUCCUUCAAGGCUUUGAAAUGGAUGCUUCAAAUCUGGGAGGCUGGUCUAUAAACAAACACCAUGUAUUAAAUCCACAAAGUGGAAUUGUACACAAAGGAAAUGGUGAAAACAUGUUCAUUUCCCAGCAGCCACCAGUCAUCUCAACCGUGAUGGGCAACGGUCACCAGCGAAGUGUCUCCUGCUCCAACUGCAACGGUCUCGCGCUCAACAGCAAACUCUUUGCCCCGGUCGCUCUUGCUUCUGGGCCUGAUGGUAGCAUCUAUAUUGGGGACUUCAAUUUUGUCAGACGGAUCUUUCCCUCUGGAAACUCAAUUGGUAUAUUAGAAUUAAGGAAUAGAGACACAAGGCACAGUACAAGCCCUGCACAUAAAUAUUACUUAGCCGUCGAUCCAGUGUCAGAAUCCCUUUACUUGUCAGAUACCAACACCAGAAAAGUCUACAAAGCAAAAUCUCUCACUGAAACAAAGGAUCUGGCCAAAAAUGCAGAUGUGGUGGCAGGAACAGGUGAUCAGUGCCUUCCAUUUGACCAGAGUCACUGUGGAGAUGGUGGAAAAGCAUCCGAGGCAUCUCUCAACAGUCCAAGAGGUAUCACUGUGGAUAAGCACGGAUUUAUUUACUUCGUUGACGGUACCAUGAUUCGGAAAAUUGAUGAGAACGGUGUGAUCACAACAAUAAUAGGUUCGAACGGCCUCACAUCAACCCAGCCAUUGAGCUGUGACUCUGGAAUGGACAUCACUCAGGUGCGGUUAGAGUGGCCAACAGACCUCACAGUGAACCCUCUAGACAAUUCACUGUAUGUCCUGGACAACAACAUUGUCCUGCAGAUCUCUGAGAACAGGCGUGUGCGAAUCAUUGCAGGGCGUCCCAUUCACUGCCAGGUGCCAGGCAUCGACCACUUCAUCGUCAGCAAGGUGGCCAUCCAUUCGACCCUGGAGUCGGCCAGGGCGAUCGCAGUAUCUCACAGCGGGAUACUCUACAUUGCAGAGACAGAUGAAAGAAAGAUCAACCGUAUACAACAGGUCACAACCAACGGUGAGAUCUCUAUAAUCGCCGGAGCCCCAUCAGAUUGUGACUGCAAGAUUGAUCCUAAUUGUGACUGUUUUUCAGGUGAUGGUGGAUAUGCCAAAGAUGCAAAGCUGAAAGCACCUUCUUCUCUAGCAGUCUCUCCUGAUGACACACUGUACAUAGCAGACCUUGGCAACGUUCGCAUCCGUGCAGUCAGCCGAAACAAGGCUCACCUCAGUGACACGAACAUGUAUGAGAUCGCGUCACCAGCGGACCAAGAACUGUAUCAGUUCACCAUCAACGGCACCCACCUCCACACGCUGAACCUCAUAACGAGGGACUACAUUUACAAUUUCACCUACAGCGGGGAAGGGGAUAUAGGCACCAUCACCAGCAGCAACGGGAAUUCAGUUCACAUCCGCAGAGACACAAGUGGGCUGCCCCUGUGGGUCGUGGUGCCGGGCGGCCAGGUGUACUGGCUGACCAUAAGCAGCAAUGGGGUUCUGAAAAGAGUUUAUGCCCAAGGCUACAACCUGGCUCUGAUGACAUAUCCUGGAAACACAGGGCUUUUAGCAACCAAAAGCGAUGAGAAUGGAUGGACAACUGUGUAUGAGUAUGACUCCGAUGGCCAUCUGACCAACGCGACCUUCCCGACCGGGGAAGUCAGCAGUUUCCACAGCGAUGUUGAAAAACUGACGCGAGUGGAACUUGAUACUUCAAACAGAGAGAAUGUGAUCACAGCCACAAACUUCUCAGCUACCUCUACAAUAUAUACUUUAAAACAAGAUAACACGCAGAAUAUCUACCGGGUCAGCCCAGAUGGGUCCCUGAGAGUCACCUUUGCCAGUGGAAUGGAAAUCACGCUUAACACGGAGCCGCACAUUCUAGCAGGGGUUGUCAGCCCCACUUUGGGGAAGUGCAAUAUCUCCCUUCCUGGAGAGCAUAACUCAAAUCUCAUUGAGUGGAGGCAAAGGAGGGAGCAGACCAAAGGCAAUAUCUCCACGUUUGAGAGAAGGCUAAGGGCCCACAACAGAAACCUGCUUUCCAUUGAUUUCGAUCAUGUAACCAGAACCGGAAAGAUUUAUGAUGAUCAUCGAAAAUUCACUCUUCGGAUUAUGUAUGACCAGACGGGACGUCCAAUUUUAUGGUCGCCCAUCAGCAAGUACAAUGAGGUCAAUAUCACUUACUCGCAUUCUGGAUUAGUCACCUAUAUCCAAAGAGGAACCUGGACUGAGAAAAUGGAGUAUGAUCCAAGUGGGAACAUAAUUUCCAGAACAUGGGCAGAUGGUAAAAUAUGGAGUUACACAUAUUUAGAAAAGUCCGUGAUGCUCCUGUUGCACAGCCAGCGCCGCUACAUCUUUGAGUAUGACCAGUCCGACUACCUGCUCUCGGUCACCAUGCCGAGCAUGGUGCGCCAUGCCUUGCAGACCAUGCUGUCCGUCGGGUACUACCGCAACAUCUAUACCCCUCCGGACAGCAACGCGGCUUUCAUACAGGACGUCGCCAGAGACGGACGCCUUCUGCAAACGUUGUAUCCUGGGACAGGACGCAGGGUCCUUUACAAAUACACCAAACAGUCCCGACUUUCCGAGAUUCUUUAUGAUACUACUCAAGUCACGUUCACCUACGAGGAAUCUUCUGGGGUUAUUAAAACAAUACAUUUAAUGCACGAUGGGUUCAUCUGUACUAUCAGAUACAGACAAACAGGUCCACUGAUUGGUCGCCAAAUCUUCAGGUUUAGUGAAGAAGGGCUUGUAAAUGCCAGAUUUGACUACAGCUAUAACAACUUCCGUGUCACGAGCAUGCAGGCCAUGAUAAAUGAGACGCCUCUUCCCAUAGAUCUGUACCGUUAUGUCGAUGUUUCUGGCAGAACUGAACAAUUUGGAAAAUUCAGUGUAAUUAAUUAUGAUUUAAACCAAGUUAUAACCACCACUGUGAUGAAACAUACCAAAAUUUUUAGUGCCAAUGGUCAGGUGAUUGAAGUACAGUAUGAAAUUCUCAAGUCUAUCGCUUACUGGAUGACCAUCCAAUAUGAUAAUAUGGGUCGUAUGGUGAUCUGUGAUAUACGCGUAGGUGUAGAUGCCAAUAUAACAAGAUAUUUUUAUGAAUAUGAUGCUGAUGGCCAACUUCAAACUGUGUCUGUGAAUGAUAAAACCCAGUGGCGCUACAGCUAUGACCUUAAUGGCAACAUCAACUUGCUGAGCCAUGGAAACAGCGCGCGUCUCACUCCUCUGAGAUACGAUCUGAGAGAUCGCAUUACCAGACUUGGAGAAAUUCAAUAUAAAAUGGAUGAAGAUGGUUUUCUCAGGCAAAGAGGCAAUGAGAUCUUUGAGUACAACUCUAACGGUCUGCUGAACAAAGCAUACAACAAAGUGUCUGGCUGGACUGUGCAAUACUGUUAUGAUGGUCUUGGAAGACGAGUUGCAAGCAAAUCAAGCCUAGGACAACACUUACAGUUCUUCUAUGCUGAUCUCUCCAACCCAAUAAGAGUUACUCACUUGUACAAUCAUACUAGCUCAGAAAUAACAUCCCUGUAUUACGAUCUUCAAGGUCAUCUCAUUGCAAUGGAAUUAAGCAGUGGAGAAGAAUAUUAUGUUGCUUGUGAUAACACUGGAACACCUCUAGCUGUGUUUAGCAGUCGGGGCCAAGUCAUAAAAGAGAUUUUGUACACCCCAUAUGGAGAGAUCUACCACGACACUAAUCCAGAUUUCCAGGUUAUCAUUGGUUUUCAUGGAGGGCUCUAUGAUUCUCUUACUAAAUUAGUUCAUCUGGGUCAGCGGGACUACGACGUCAUUGCUGGUCGGUGGACGACACCAAAUCAUCAUAUAUGGAAACACCUGAAUGCUGUCCCACAACCAUUUAAUCUCUACUCAUUUGAAAAUAAUUACCCAGUUGGCAGAAUCCAAGAUGUUGCAAAGUAUACAACAGACAUUGGAAGUUGGCUAGAGCUGUUUGGUUUCCAGUUGCACAACGUACUGCCUGGAUUCCCAAAACCAGAGAUAGAAGCUUUGGAGACAACAUACGAACUUCUACAGCUUCAAACAAAAACCCAAGAGUGGGAUCCUGGAAAGACUAUCCUUGGUAUUCAGUGUGAGCUACAAAAGCAACUCCGAAACUUUAUAUCCUUGGAUCAACUUCCUAUGACACCCAGGUACAGUGAUGGCAAGUGCUACGAGGGAGUGAAGCAACUGAGAUUUGCAGCCAUUCCUUCGGUAUUUGGAAAAGGCAUCAAAUUCGCUAUAAAGGAUGGUAUAGUGACAGCUGACAUUAUAGGCGUGGCUAACGAGGACAGCCGGCGCAUUGCUGCCAUCCUCAACAACGCUCAUUAUCUGGAGAACCUGCAUUUCACCAUAGAGGGCCGAGACACGCAUUAUUUCAUCAAGCUGGGGUCUUUGGAAGAAGAUUUGGCCCUAAUUGGCAACACCGGAGGACGACGCAUCUUGGAGAAUGGCGUCAACGUCACAGUGUCACAGAUGACUUCUGUGAUCAACGGGAGGACUAGACGCUUUGCUGACAUCCAGCUCCAGCACGGCGCCCUGUGCUUUAACGUCCGGUAUGGAACAACGGUGGAAGAAGAAAAGAACCAUGUCUUAGAGAUAGCCAGGCAGAGAGCCGUGGCUCAAGCCUGGACUAAGGAGCAGAGACGGCUGCAGGAAGGGGAAGAAGGUAUUAGGGCAUGGACAGAUGGAGAGAAACAGCAGCUUCUAAGCACUGGGAGGGUACAAGGCUACGAUGGAUAUUUUGUUUUAUCUGUGGAGCAGUAUCUCGAACUUUCUGACAGUGCCAACAAUAUUCACUUUAUGAGACAGAGUGAAAUAGGCAGAAGGUAACAAAGAAAAUCUCUGCCUUUGCGUCACCAAAGACUGCCUGUUUUUAAACAUAAAAUGGUUUAUUGUAUUGGUUUUUCUAGAUCAGAACUCUGUAUAUAUAAAUAUAGAGGAGAAAACAUAUCCAACUGCCUUUAAAUGUGACAGAAGAUGGUAUUUUAAUAUUGUUCGUUUAACUCUUUGAGAGACGACAGUGA